AUUGGGACGAAUACGAAACGAAACAGCACGAUUACUAACGUCAACGGACGGCUGCGGUGAAUUUGUCAGUGGAGCGAGAUCAUCGUAACGUUACGAAAGUGGUUCUGUGGGAAGACUAUAAUAAUUAGCACUCAGCGCUAGCUUCAAUUUCAGGUUGAUCUACGUACCAAUAUCAUAAUAAAAUAUACAAAAUGUUCGUGUCAACAGUCUCCCGUAUUGCCCCUGUCGCCAGGAAUGUGCUCCUUAACGGUUCAAAGCAAUACUUGCGACCAUUGAGCAGCGCUGUGAUCAGUCAAAGCCAAUCAUUGGCCGCACAGAACACAACCCCCGUUGCACUACUGCCACAAAUCAGGUCAUUCCAGACCUCUCCAGUCACUCGUGACAUUGAUUCAGCUGCCAAGUUUAUUGGUGCUGGUGCUGCAACAGUCGGUGUCGCCGGUUCCGGUGCUGGUAUCGGAACAGUGUUCGGUUCCCUCAUCAUUGGUUAUGCCAGAAAUCCAUCAUUGAAACAACAGUUGUUCUCAUACGCUAUCUUGGGUUUCGCCUUGUCUGAAGCUAUGGGUCUGUUCUGUCUUAUGAUGGCCUUCUUGCUGCUCUUCGCUUUCUAAAGUGUUUGAUCAUUGAAAGUUAAUAAACAACAGUAACAGCAACAACACCAGCUCCACCAUUUAUUGUUUUUAGAAAACAUCCAAGAAUAAAACACGUUUAUUUAAGUUUAAAACGAAAAUAAAAUACUAUAAUAAAAAAAACUAGAAAUGUGCAAAAUCCGUUAACUAACAGAGGCGAAAAAGUAACCUAUCGAAAAGAAAGAAAGCAGCCAGUAAAUUGUAAUCGAAACAUAAAGUAUAAAUGUUAUCUGCGCAUCGAAUAACCUACAGAUCGAAAAUGGCGAGUCUGUGAAACCAAUUCUGAUUCGACUUGGCAGAGUGGAAUAGUCACGAUCACAUACAACUAUUUAAGCAAACAUGUAUGACUUUUCUUGCAUGUUCUGUAAAGGAAUCUAAAAGCCAGACACCAGUCAACAAAAACAGUUUUAAGCUUUACACCUGCCAAUAUAUGCAUUUUACUCAUUUUUAUGUAUGUGUAUAUUGUGCAAGCUUAAGUUUUGGAAAUUUCUGUGUCUAUGGAACUUUGCUCCCUCAGCGCUCUCGUUAAACAACUAAGAUAUGUAGUAAAGAUUCAAGUAGUCAUGGAAAUUUAAAAAUAUUUAUUUAAGUUUGUAUGUUAAAAUCAGAUUUAUAUAUGUGACUUGUGCAGAUGCUAAAGUUUUUAUAUACGUAAAUUUCCGCAUAGGCACCAUCAACAUAUUGUUGCGCCUAUGCAUUUCUUAGAGAAAUUAAAAUACAAAUGAAAAGAAUUGAGUCCUUUAAGCCUAUAAUAUUUUACUGCUCAUUUAAUUGUAAUCAUACAAGAUUGUCGCAUAAGGCAGGAACUGAAUAAAAUCAAGAUGGAAUUCAUGAAUGGUAAAAAAAA